AUGGCUCUCAAGACACUCGGACCUAAGGCUGCAGCAGCGUUGGAUCAAGAGUUGAUGAGCACUUGCGCAUUCUCAAUCGACCAACUAAUGGAGCUGGCUGGGCUUUCGGUAUCUCAGGCUGUAUAUCGCGUCCAACCGUUGCACCAGGGGCGCCGCGUGUUGGUAGCCUGUGGUCCCGGCAACAACGGUGGCGAUGGUCUCGUAGCAGCCCGCCAUCUUUUCUUCUACGGCUAUAAGCCCAGCGUCUUCUAUCCCAAGCGGAGCAAGAACGAGCUGUAUCAGCGUCUCGCUAAGCAGCUCGAGGAUCUGGAGGUCCCUUUUGUUGAUGAUUUCCCUUCCGCUUUAAAGUCGACAGACCACAUUGUCGAUGCAAUUUUCGGGUUCAGCUUUUCGGGUGAAGUUCGCGAGCCUUUCCCUCAGGUCAUCAAGUCGCUCGAAGAGACGGACUUGCCAGUCACAUCGGUUGAUGCUCCGUCUUCAUGGGACAUUGAUAAUGGCCCUCCCAAUUCUGGCUUGGGUAGUACCUUUAUGCCUGCCACACUGGUCAGCCUGACGGCUCCCAAACCACUAGUUAAACAUUUCACAGGACGCCACUUUGUUGGUGGGCGCUUUGUGCCUCCAUACAUUGCCAAGAAGUACGACUUUGAGAUGCCUGAGUACCAGGGCAUGGACCAGGUCGUGGAAGUUCCGCCCAGUGGACAGAAGCUCUGA